AUGGCUCAGGGGCAAAAUGGCCAGCCGGACGCCGGGCUGUUGAGCGGAGAUCACUAUCGGACCCAGCUCCCAGGCUGGCGAUAUUGGCCUCGACAGAAACUCCUGCCCCUGGUCCGCUAUGAGACGCCGUACCUGGCCUGGUUCCAGGAGAAAAUCCGCACUCCGUCCCUCGAUUCGUAUUUCGCAUUCACCGCGAACUUGGGAACACAUACCUUUUUCAUGGUCUUCUUGCCGAUCCUUUUCUGGAGCGGACAGACCGAGUUAGGUCGUGGAUCGGUGCACAUUUUGGCCUCGGGAGUCUUCUUCAGUGGGUUUAUCAAGGACUUGCUAUGCCUUCCGCGCCCAUUGUCUCCUCCGCUUCAGCGGAUUACUAUGUCGGGGUCGGCGGCAUUGGAAUACGGCUUUCCCUCGACACACUCGACCAAUGCCGUUUCUGUCGCGGUAUACGUGCUCACUCUAUUGAACUCGCCCGACCUGACUCUCAGCCCUACCGUCAAUUUGAUCUGCCAAGGUAUUGCGUAUCUUUACGUGACCUCCAUCGUUAUCGGUCGUCUGUACUGUGGUAUGCAUGGGUUCUUUGACGUGGUCAUUGGCUGUGUGCUGGGUGCCUUGAUUACUCUUGUGCAGUAUUCAUUGGGCCCUGCCUUUGACAAUUACGUGGUGUCGGGUUCCGCGAUGCAGCUUGGUUUUGUGGUCAUGGUCAUCUUGGGUCUGGUUCGCAUUCACCCCGAGCCGGCAGACGAUUGUCCUUGCUUCGAUGACAGUGUCGCCUUUGCUGGUGUGAUGAUCGGGGCGCAAGUGGCCUACUGGCACUUUGCACGAACCAGCGUUGCCUGGUCUGAGCCAUCUCCGUCCACUAUCCCGUACCGGUACGAGAGCCUGGGACUCUCCAAAACCGCCAUGCGCAUUAUCCUGGGGGUAGUGUUGAUCUUUGCGUGGAGAGAAAUCAUGAAGCCCACCCUUCUUCGUAUUCUUCCACCGGUGUUUCGAGGUCUGGAGAAGUUGGGUCUCAUCCUACCUCGGAGAUUCUUCACCAACGCCUCACAAUACUCAGAGGUCCCCACACAACUUAAGGAUCACGAAGUUCUUCCAAAGUUCUCGGAGAUCCCCUCCAUCAUCACAAAUAUCCGCAAUCCCCGCCGACGUGCCAUUUCCGUUGGCCCACAGUCCGAAGCCGAUGCGUACGAGACCUUGGCGUACCGCGAGAAACGCCGACGUGAGAGUCUUUCGACGGGAGCUCGGGGAUCUUCAGCGGUAGAUGUUCAGGGAAGCCCGGCCCCCGACUCGCUACAACCCAAACUUUCCAAAUUGAACGAGUAUGAGAACAUGAUGGGCACCGGAUCUCAGCGUUAUAACCCACGCCUUGGAAUGGAUUCAUCAGACAUCUACGCUCGAUUAUCACCAGAGCCGUUCCCCGAGUAUGUUGAGCCUGACGAAAAGGAAAUGUUUUCGAAGAUCAAACGACCACGGGUGCGGUAUGAUGUCGAGGUGGUGACCAAGCUCAUUGUAUACUCUGGAAUUGCUUGGUUGGUGAUCGAGGGAGCACCUAUUCUCUUUGAACUGGUGGGAUUGGGCGUGCCGAAUUAG